AUGGAUAGUGGAGCGCUCAACAUCAAGAAAUGGGUAGUGAUGUAUCCAGUGUAUAUCAACUCGAAGAAAACUGUAGCUGAAGGGAGGAGAAUCAGUUUGAGUAAAGCAUGUGAGAACCCUAAUUGCAUUGAGAUUAGUGAUUGUUGCAAGCAUUUGAAACUCCAGAGUGCUGUCGAGAUUGACAAAGCGUACCCGCGUGAUUUCAUGCAAGUAGGGAGAGUGAGAGUGCAGUUGAAAAGGGAGGAUGGGACUUUCCUUAAUCCAGCCAUUACUUCAAGGAAGGAACUGAUGCAGAAAAUUGCAGAGUUGGUACCAAGACAUCCGGAGAGAGUGAAGAAGCAGGAAUCUCAGAAAGCAAAGAAACAGGAACCUCAGGCCACAACCUCAACCUCUGGAACUUCUUCAAAGUCAGGCAAAGGUGGCAAGAAGAAGAGAUAA